AUGGCAGUAUUGAACGAGCGAAAGACGAUUGGCCUGAUUCAGGAGGAUAGUAAAACCCGCCAAAAGAGUGCGGUCGAGGCCGAAUCAAGAAAGCAAAAACGAAUGUCGAAGAACGCGGUUGUCGAAUGGGCGCAGGUCGGCCGCUGUGCUGGAUGUCGAACGGAAGAAACUGGAAAUGGGGCCUCUUUAAUCAUGGCGAUAGAAUAA